UUUGGUUGCGUCUUGGUGUAUUUAAUGUUGCCAAUAACGGGGGAUUUUUUUUUUUUCUUUUUUUUUUUUUCCGAGCCGAGUACAGGUCGUGCUGCAAUUAGUUCAUUGAAAACUCAGUUGCUCUCUGAGCGCUUGGACAGAGACUGCUUUCGGCUUUUUUUCUGCUGAUUGUUAAGAUCUCCUAUAGAGAGCUGCAACAAUGCCCAAAAGAAAGGCUGCCGGUCAAGGUGAUAUGAGGCAGGAGCCGAAGAGAAGAUCAGCCAGGCUGUCUGCUAUGCCUGUGCCCAUUACACCAGAGUUGAAGCCCAAAAGAACAUCAACUCCAAAGAAACUGAAGACAAAAAAUGCUUUGAUGGAAAAAAAUACAGAUGCAGGUGUCAAAGCAAUAGCUGAAAACAAGCAAGAAGAAGUUAUUAAAGGAGAAUGUAAUGAUGAAAAUGCUGAAAAUGGAGAAGCCAAAAUUAUGGAGGCACCAGCUCCUGAAAAAGAACUUGAGGAAAUGAAAGAAGAAAAAAAUGAAGAUGUUGAAGAAGUGGGAAUAGAAAAGAAGGAAGUAGUGACAGCAGCAGGAGAAGAUGAAAAAGAUCAGGAAGGAGAUGGAGAAGACCAAAACAAAAAAGAGGAGAAAAGAGAAGAUGGGAAAGAGAACAAAGAUGGAAAAGGAAAAGGAGAUAGAAAAGAAGAUGAAGAUGGAAAAGAAAAAGAAGAUGGAAAGGAAGAAGAAGAGAAAAAAGAAAAAGGAGAUGAAAAAAAGAAUGAAGAUGGAAAAGGGAAGGGAAAAAAUAGCAAAGAGGAAGAAGAAGAAAAGGAGAAAGAGAAAGGAGAUGAAAAAGAGUGUGAAGAUGGAAAGGGGAAAGGAGAAGAUGUCAAAGAAUUUGAAGAUGAAAAAGACACAGGAGAAGAAAAACAGGAAGAAGACAGAAAAGAGAAUGAAGAUGGAAAAGAGGAUGAAGAUGGGAAAGAGGAGAAAGGUGGAAAUGAGGAGGAAGCUGGAAAUAGGCAGGAAGGUGGAAAUGAGAAAGGAGAAGAAGAUGGAAAAGAGGGCAAACAUGGAAAAGAGGAAGAUGGAACAGAAGAAAAUGGAAAGGGAGAUGGGAAAGUUGGAGGAAAGAGAAAGGAAAAUAAGAGGAAGGCUGAAGUGGGAAAAGAAGUAGCUGAAAAAGGAGAGGUCAAAAACGAAAAAAAAGAAGAAUCUCAGAGUAUUGUUUAAAGCUGCCCUAUAUAGUUUCAUAAUUGGUAAUAUGUGCCUCCAUGUUGUAAUGUUAAUAGAGAUAAAUAUUUUUAUCAAAUAUUUUAUAAACACAGCUUUUCUUUAGAAUCAGUUUAACUUCAGAACAUCUUCAUACUGAUUAUUAGUCACAAAGUAGCUAACAUGAAACCUUUAUACAUUUUGUGAUCAUAAUAGAAUAUAUAAAAAUAUGCUUUCAACUUUGUCAGUGAAUUUCCUUUUGUGUAACUUAUGUGUUAAAUCUUUGAAUUUUAAUUUUACUCCUAUAUGUGAUAAUUUCACAAAGUGGGGAGAUCCAGAAAAGUUUCUUCCAAAAUUCUUGUGGUUCUCUAGGUUGCUUUUAUAAAAAAGGUUAACUAUUUUCUGUAAUGCAAAGAGUUAGAAUUCUUUCUCAGAUAUAACUUUAUUAUCAGCUUGUGAAGAAAUAAAAUUGCAAUUCCAUUUUUUAAAGAUUUACAAUUUUUUUUCAGAAGGGCAGUUCUGAUUAUAUGUGUAUCCAUAAAAUUUUACUAGAUUGAUCUUAAUAAAAAUUCUCUUCAAAAAUAAUUGUAGUUUUUUAUAUCUCUAAAAAUAUAGUUAGUGAAAUAUUAUAGUGCUUGAUUUUUUCUAUUGUGAUGUUCACAAAAGCGUUAAUUUUUUUUUGCAC